UUUUUGCGAGAAAAACUACGUCUUCAUGGCCAACCACUGCCCAAAAACCUGUGGACUGUGUAAGCUGCUCGAAGGGGUCCGAGCUGUCAAGAAGGAGGAGAAGAAGACGCAGUUACCAAAUACCAAUGACCUGAAGGGAAUUUUGUCGGGUAUUGGAAGACUCCAGAUGGCUUACAAUAUAUCGAUCGCCCUCAUGAGGACAGGGGUCAUUCACAGGUUCCACACCUCAGUUAAACUAUCGGCAUGGGACUGUCUGCAGAUAGCGUAUCAGCUGUAUGAAGAGGGUAUCCUAACCUACACCUUGGUGUGGUUUGACGAAAUAUUGAAUGCGUUUAACGACACUGAGACACUGACCUUCGUUCAGGAGAAAAGAAGCGUCAUUGCAAACAAGCACGACAAAUUCUGGGAAGAAGAUGAACACCAUUUCCCAAACCUGUUGGCCAAGGACCCUCAUCAGAAUCCAGUACCCAGUAAUUUCUAUCAGUACUGCAUGAAAUCUAGAGAAAAAAGACCCGUGAUAGCUGAGGAAGGACUCCAGUGCCAUCUAACUACCAAGGGGAACCCAUUCUUCCUCUUGCAGCCACUGAAACAAGAAACCCUGAGAACAGACCCUGAAAUGGUUGUGUUCCAUGAUGUUAUCAACGAUUCUGAAAUAGAAACUUUGAAACGACUGGCAAAGAGUGCUCUAAAAAGAGAUUUAAUUGAUGAAAAUAGGAGGACAGAGCAUAUCGCCCUGGAAAAUGUCACUCACUCUGUGAUCAGCGACAUCGAGAGAAGAGCAGAGAUGUUUUCGGGCCUGUUAACGCACAGUAAAGUCAGGAACCCAGACGACAUAGAUCCUGAACCUCUGAAGGUUCGAAAUUACGGCGCUUGUGGUGACUUUGGUAUCCAUACCGACACGCACUACAUUCACAAAGGCGAGCAAGGGACGAACAUAACUAACCCAAUGCCAGAACGCCUUGCCACGGUUAUAUUCUACUUGAAUGAUGUCUUGGAAGGCGGGAGUACAGUAUUCCAUGAAUGUGGCGUUGUAGUCAACCCAAAAAAGGGCAGUGCUCUUUUAUUCUAUAAUAUUAAGAAGAACGGCGAUUUCGAACAGCGCUCUCGGCAUGGCAGCUGUCCUCUCACUGUUGGCAAUAAAUGGGUGGCUUUGAAAUGGUUCAGUGACAAGUACAAUUUCCUCACCCGGCAAUGCUCGACCAAUCCACUCGAGUAAAGAGAAUAUAACCCAGAAUUCAAAAUGUUCAAGAGCAACAGACCUUUGGUGGCGGAGGCCCUAUUAAUAGGAUAGACCUCUGCAGCGUCUUAGUAAUGCAAAUGAACCUACGGACAUACAGUAGCCAAAAUAAAUCACGAAACGGCAUUGACAGACGAAAAUACACAUACACACACACACACAGAUAUAUAUAUAUAUAUAU